CGCGCACGUGCCGGUCGUCAGUGUGAUGCAGAUAGGCGGGGCCAAAUAAAAGUGGACGACGCUGAGUUGUGGCGCGUGGGUGUAGUUCAGCGUGAGGCCACGGUUAUGAUGACACAUCACUGAUGAAGCAUGUCUGAGAACAGUUCUGCGAGUGUGAGAAUUAGUGGAAGUGUGAGUGAGACGUGAAGGGCGGUCGCCAUGUCAGAGGAGGACGUGAUCAAUUGCACCAUCAGCCAUGAAAUCCACCAGUACGUCUUCUCCGGUGUCUACAUAGUCGUGCUGUUGGUUGGUGUUCCCUCCAACUUGUAUUCUCUGUACCACGCUGCUGUGCAACUGAAGCAGAAGAAUGAGCUGGGAGUUUAUUUGAUGAACCUCACUGUGUCUGAUCUGUUCUACCUGGCAUCGUUACCACUCUGGCUCCAGUACAUUUUUCAGGGUGAUGAUUGGCGUCACAGGGAAUGGUUGUGUCAGCUGUGUGGCUUCCUGCUCUAUGAGAACAUCUAUAUCAGCAUCGGUUUCCUGUGCUGCAUCAGUUUAGAUCGCUACCUGGCUGUGGUUCAUCCUUUAAGGUUCACCUCUUUCCGCUCCAUGCGCGCAGCGUGGCUCGUCAGUGCCAUCAUCUGGCUGAAGGAGAUAGCAGUGGGCGUGGUUUUCUUUCGCCACAAAGAAGUGAGCAGAGACCACACGAACCAGUCGGUGUGCUUCGAGCACUACCCAAUGAAGCCGUGGGAGUACCCGAUCAACUACUACCGCUUCACUGUCGGCUUCAUGUUCCCGCUGGCCAUUCUGUUGAUCAGCUACCUGUGUGUGCUGCGUGCUGUGGGUCGCAGUGCAGGGACACAGCCAGUUCAGAAGAUAAGGAUCAGGCAGUUGGUCAGCAGCACCAUCCUCAUCUUCCUCGUCUGUUUCUCUCCGUACCACGUGUUGCUGUUGAUACGCACCCUGCUGGAGCGCGACUGCAAAUUUAUCACAGGCAUUUUUAACUUCUACCACCUGUCGUUGCUGCUGACCACCUUGAACUGUGUGGCCGACCCCGCGCUCUACUGCUUUGUCAGUGAGAGUGCCCGCCACGGCUUUUACAGAGCCAUAAUCCAGCCCUUUGCUCGGGUACUCUGUUGCUGUUGUCGCCGAGGCAACGCGACUCCCGCCAACCCAGCCACCGACUCCCACGAGGUCGCCACUGACGAGAACAACGGCCACCCGGCAGUGACGCUGCUCACGCACACCAGCACGCACACCGCCACAAAAACAGACACCGUCUGCAAAAACACAAUUUUAAUCACACAGACGGAUGAAAAAACUAUCAUUCCAUUAAUUGUGCAAAAUAACACAAUUGUGAAGCGGAGCUAAACGACAGAGGAGGGAAGAGACUGACGACAAUAUCUAUAAAAAAUAUUCCAGGGACCAAACAGAGACUAUGGUUUCUAGGCCUCAAGGCAGCAGGACUAAAAGGAAAAGAUUCUCAGACUAAGCUGAAGUGAGCAGAGACUGAAGGAAACACAAUGAAGGCUACAUCCAUACUACUACAUUUUUAUUUUAAGAAAAAGCAUACAUUCUGCGCCUGUUGUCCACAUUAGUCCGUCGAAGUAUAAAAAUGCUGCUGGCUCCAUUGUUGCUUAAAAACUCAAAGGCUGCAUUUAAGUCUAGAUGUGCAAAAACAGAGACCUUUGGCAACAUUAGCUGUGUGCCAACAGUCAAGGCUGCCAUAUCCCAGAAUUCUUUGCGGCACAGCAAUACAACAACCAU